GAGGACAAGAGGGCAGUGCAGUUUGGUGCGGCUCUGUGGCACCCGUGCAGUACGAGCGUUUCUCUUGGCGUUGCAUUUUUUUCCCCAGUCGUGGUUUUCGUCGUGAAAUCCCCAUAAACAAACGUAUUUCGCGUGAACACGUUUUACCGUUCCAUUUUCCACGUUCGCCACGACGCGAAAAUCCGCGCGGAUGUGUCGUUAGUGUUUACACGUGUUCUUUACGUUCGCGCAGUGUUUCGUGAAGAAGAAGAAGAAGAAGAAGAAGAAGGCCCAGGGACAUACACACGUACGCGGAACUGCGCCUAAGAAAGCGCGAAAGAGAGGAAAGACGACGUAGAGGAGGAAGAAGAAGCAGAAGAUGAGCAAGACGUGCGCCCGCUGCGAGAAAACGGUCUACCCGAUCGAGGAACUCAAGUGCCUCGACAAGAUAUGGCACAAACAGUGCUUCAAGUGUCAGGGUUGCGGAAUGAUCCUGAACAUGCGGACGUACAAGGGGUUCAACAAACAGCCAUACUGUGAGGCACACAUACCAAAGGCGAAAGCGACGACGAUGGCGGAGACGCCGGAGCUGAAGCGCAUCGCCGAGAACACGAAGAUCCAGAGCAACGUCAAGUAUCACGCGGAGUUCGAGAAGGCGAAGGGGAAGUUCACCCAGGUGGCUGACGACCCGGAGACGCUCAGAAUCAAGCAGAACAGCAAGAUUAUCUCGAACGUCGCCUACCACGGCGAGCUCCAGAAGAAGGCGAUCAUGGAGCAGAAAAGGACGAUGACCGGCGAGAACGGCGAACAAAUUGAGUACGUAGAGUACACGGAUGGUACAAUCACGCCAACAUCAGGCGUAAACGCGAAUCCACCAGCUGCGAGAAGCGCAAGCUCGCCUGUGCAAAGGACACCAGGUAGGAUCGCCGAUUACGAUCCCCUUAGCGAGGCGAGACCGAGCCCUUAUUCCGCCAGACAAGCGGCCACCACUGUGAUUUAUACGAGCGACAAGGGACCAGUGACGAAUCCACCUACCAGAAAAAUCGGCUCUGUGGCGGACAUAGACCCUGUGAACGAUUACUAUGGUUCGUUGACGCCAGCCACAAACAAUAAUCACGUUCCACAGCAUCAGCCGCCGCCACCACCACCCACCAAUGUUGGGAGAGUGUACAGAGCAAUGUACGACUACGAGGCCCAGGACCUGGACGAGGUGAGCUUCUGCGACGGGGAUCUGAUCGUCAACUGCACGGCCAUCGACGAAGGCUGGAUGACCGGUCUGGUGCAGCGCACAGGCAGACACGGCAUGCUCCCAGCGAACUACGUCGAGCCCGCGCAAAUCUAAACCAUCCAAUGUUUUCCACGUCCUCAUCGUCUUCGUUAGCCGAAGAAAGUGGCGCAGGACGAGCCAGCGACGAGAAGAAACCGAGGCACAGGGUGUCGGAGCGCUCGAGACCAUCGCCAGGAAGCUCUGGGAAAAAGAAGACGUGGAGAAACAAUCGUUCCCUCGAGUUUCAAUGCUCAGGGCACAGCAGGAGUCACUUCCAGGCGCAGGACGAGCUAGCGACGAGAAGAAGCUGAGAUUCAAGGUGUCGGAGCACUCGAGGCCAUCGCCAGGAGGCUCUAGGAGGAGGAAGACAUGAUACCUCGAGUCUCAACACUCAGGACAUGGUUGGAAUCCCUUUUUGACGCAGGACGAGUCAACGAUGAGAAGAAGCUGAGACUCGAGAUGUUGGGGCACUCGAGACAGUCGCCAGGAAGCUCUAGGAUAAGGAAGACAUGAAGAGGCAAUCGGUACUUCGAGUUUUAACACUCGGGAUACGGUUGAAUCCCUUCCUGUCACGUCAAGUCGCUCGAAGAACCCUCGAUUGAUCUCUAAGAUUGUCUAGCAUCGUCGCAGCGUCAUUUUCCCAAGGACAAUCUUCAAGCAUGACAAAGAUCGGGACCUGGGACCAGCGAACGGAGGGAUUCUUUACCUACCACCCUGAUUACGGUUUGUCCAGUAGUGUUGUUUUCAAUUGAAUCGUCGAUCUUCCUUUUUUAGAGGGGAACUGGAAGCUACCCUGAUAUUUUUGAACGCUUCCAGCCACUGAACAAUCGAUUCGAAUCGAUGGGGAUUGUUCUUUGGCACUAGUAACCGAGUGCCUGCACUCAAGAGAGCAAUAAAAGAUUCUCUUUUAAUACAUCGAGGCCUCCAGAAGUCGUGGAGGCCUCUAAAAAGUAAGUGACCUUCUCUCGGCCUCCGAGAGGGCUUGCAACAAUAUAAUUCCAUGAUGGGACCAAAUUCCGUUCGCCUCGUCGAAGAGGAACACCCUGAGUGCCUUUCGCUAGCAGUAAUUUUUAUAAAUGAAUUGUCAAAUUCGAGGCACGCGCAUAUACACAGUACAGUUCUAUUUUUCUUUUUUUUUUCGAAAUCAUUCCGCUGCUUCGAGGAUUCCACUUUCUGUUUUAUUUAUCACGAUAAGGACCAGUUUGACCAUAGCGCGACGACAAAGACCGAAGGGUCGAGCAUUUAUAUUUUUGUUUUCUCCUUUUUUUAUCGACACCUGUUUUUUAGACUACUCAUUUUUACCUAUAGAGAUUUUGAGAAACAGAAUUAAAGUAAUGUGUUCUCAUGCUUGUUUGUUAAGAAGUACUCAUAUUUAUGUAUUAAGUCUGUGCGAGCACUGUAACGUUCUCGACUCUAAUUCUUGGGUCCUGUUUGAAACGAUCGAUUGAAAGCGUCGGACCAAAUUUUAAUACAUUUGCAGAUAAUGUAUAAGAGGAAUCCUUGAUUUAAUUGCAUUCCGACUUACUAAUUUAGAUUACAACCAUACUAAUAUGGUAUUUUAAUAGACAAAGAACAUUGAACACAAUGUUAAACUCUGUUUUUGAAGAGAAUUCAAUAUUCAGGAUCGAAACGUUAAGGUGGUUGUACAGAGUGCAAGAUUAUUGUUACAUUUGCAUGCACCGUUGUUGACAAUUUCUGUCCUCUGAGUCUUUGUCCACCUACGCGCGUUGCUUUCGCAUCUCUUCGUCGAAGAACACACAUUGUUGCACUCGAACUAUCGAGGUUCGAUGGAAAUUGCUAUUUAUUUGCGAAGAAAAUACGAGAGUGUGGAAGCCACAGUGAUGUGAAUUAAUGUUCCAAAAAAUUGCUCUAUACAUGAGCUCGAUUAGUCAUCUCGAUCAUCUUGUUAGAACGCAGAAAAGGAUGUCUCGCAUCGCUAUGGCUUUCACUCAAACUUGAACUAGAACACUGAGUGCGCCACACCGUUCAUUGUGAUCCAAAAGGAGCAACGAUGUGCCUUAUAGUAGACCUUUAAUUAGGAUAAUCUAACGCGAGCUUACGUCGCGGUUUAGACGAAGACAGAUGAAAAAGAAAUCCCACAAACAAACGUUAUCGUAUGUCGUUAAACGAUAUACAGAAUUUCUAUACAGUUUUCUUUUCUUUUUUUUUUUAGAACUAUUUUUGAAAGUGAAUCUAGUUAGGAUAACGAAGGAUUUGUAAUAAUGUUGUUAGAUACGAAAGUUUCGUUACGCUUCGCCUGUUCAAUUCGAUGCACGAAAGAAAGUAACAACCGUUGGAAAUCUUUAUUACCGUUCUUUAUCUAGUUAACGACAUUAACCAACAUUUACCUAAUAGCUGUUAAGUUUUAUCACGCGAGAUUCGCCCCUGUUAAUCUUGGAAUACCACAUGCAUUUCUUUCGAUUCAUUAAUGUUGCACCAUUAUUAUUUACAUCUUCAUGAUUUUAUUUACGAAUACUUUUUGAAAUCAGUCAGUAUAAGACGGUUAUGUAUUCUCAGAAUUAUGUUUAUAUGCACAUUGAAGGGGUGAAAAAAUGUAGUUAUCGAAGUUCAAUAUCGUAUUUUUCAUUCCACGAUGUUUCUAUGUAAACGCAAGACAAGAAUACUUAAGACCAUUUGAUUCCAGUGUGGUAAUCCAGGAUUAAAAUGCUUCUUCGGCUUUCUGUAAUCCUUUCAGUACUGAUCGACCUAAUUUGCGCGUGGCAAUGUUCGGAGGUAUCGAUUGUACAUUUGCAUUCUGAUCUGUGAAGUAUAAUAUUACUUCGAUAGUAUUUUACAUGGUGAUUCGAGAGCCUGAAAAGCACGAGAAAUUGUAUUACCACGCAUUGAAAUCACCCAAAUAUUAAUAAUUGAUCUGAAAUACUCUUAGAAAUUAACAAACAUUAAGGGUAGCGUAUGGACGAGCUUGAUUAAUACUUUGUUAAAUAUUGCGUACAGUUGAACGAGCACACAUAUCUUCAACUGUCCGCCAUUUUAUUUGACUUUACCAUCGAUACUGAAAGGAUUUGAUCGCUUCCACAGAUAUGUCGGCAAUGCGAGAUUGUUCUCCGCGAUGGUCUCGAUUAUUCAUAUAUAGCUUUAUGCCAGAUGUCCAAUUAAUGUACAGAUAAUAUAGUGACCGAGAUAACUCGUCGUUAACAAAUGAUAUCGUGCUACCAUUGCGGAGUAUCUGCGGCCCUCUCGUUGAUCCUUCGUUUCUUCUUUCGCCUCUCUUGUUCAAAAUUCCUGUCCUGAGAAAUUUGGUUCCUCGAGGAACGUGUUUACAUUGCAUUUACCUGAGUAGGAGAAUAGGUGAGUUAUAUAUCGUGCGAAGGAACUAAACGGCAAUGUUGUUACGCGCGUAUGGGACGUUGUUCGAGUUCGUGAUAACGCGAGGAGAUAUAUUCAUAUUUUUGGAAACGUGUUAGCAAUUUCUUUUCUUCCUUUUUUGUAAUUACUAGAACACCGAUAAGACGAUCUACGAUUAUAAUUGAGAAUCAUACAGAAAUAUAUAUUAGUGUUGUUUAAAGCAGAUAAUAUUAUAUUAUGAUACGAGAUCAUAAACAAUGAAUAUGUUAUGUAAUUGUCGCCUGGGUUAUUACUUAUCCUCUUCAUCCUCCAUUCUCCUUGUAUUCUUCUUUUUUACUUUUAAUACUAAAAGACUGCUUCGUUUUACAUGCUAGACACUUGUGAAGUACAUUGAUUGAGAAUAAAUUUUAUUAUUAUUAUUGUACGAGGUGAUCUCAGAUUAACAGACAGAAGAGUCCCAAAUACAAAAACGUACCUAUAUAAAUUUGUGAAUCCCGUCACAUUAGUUGCAAUUAACAAUUUUCAACUUACCCUUUCAUUUUACGUCACCCUGAAUCUUGUACUAUUACGAAGAAUAAUGUUUAACCGAGCGAAUAUACUACACUCUGUUCUGCUUCAACCCUACCGAGUUGAAGAUCUUUAUUUGUACAAGAGUUUAUUAUUUGAAAUUCUCCAAACAAGCAAACAGAAUAAACGAAAAGCUGCAACAGAAUAAAAAUACGUUUGCGUCAACAGAAACUCUGCAACAAUUGAAUAAAACGGUGUGUCCAGGUGUCCAGGUAUAAAAAAUGCACAUUUAUUGAACGUGAUGAUAUAAGUACAGUAGAAGGGUAGUUGUAUAAAAUUGAAAUCGCGAAGAUUUAGAGUCUCAGCUGGAUUCGCAUAAAACAGACUUGGGCAUGAUUUUAUUAAAAUGGACGAACAAGUGUACUAUGCUCGUUUCUUAUUUAUUCGGACACGAGAUGAAAAUUGAGCGCGGUAGCGAUUACGCUCGCGCGCGAAAAAGAACAAUGAUAUGCACCGAAAAUUAUUCGAAACAAUCGCAUGCUAAUAAUGCCCAACUCUGGUAGACAGCCUCUCGCCAAUUGGCUCUUACCAUUGAUGUAUUGAAAACUGGACAAAUGUAGCUAUUAAAUAUUGCAAGAAACACGAGGUGCCGGUAUUAAUAUUAUUUAUCAAUUUACUAUGAAUCUCUUUCUCUACUUUCCUCGCGUGUCGUUCACACUUUACCCUACUGCGAGCCAUUUUCGUUGAAAGAUGAAAAUUCUUUUUCGUACUAUCAAUUGUUCCUACUUGUACUACUGAGAAAUCAGUAAUUUUUAUUUAAAAAAAAACUCGCAAUUUAGUUAAUACUUCAAAUUUGGCUAGCUAUUCGCAAAGAAACUGAAAGUACGAAACGAGUUGCCACAAAAACAGAAAUUCAACGCGUCGACCACCAUGGAAGUAUCAUUUUUAUUUUCAGCAAAAUUUGAUGACAUGAUAAAGGAUAUCGAAAACGUAGAAAAUAAAGUUUUUUUUAUAAAAGCUUUAAUUUCGGAGAAAAUUAGCUUCUAAGUCGAUUCUCUCAGAAACGAAGGCUCGUACGCAAAAAUUUCGUUCUACAAUUUCGAUUUACUUCGUUAAGAACCGACACCGUAAACACGAACUUCCUUGACAGUCGAUGCUUGAACACAACAGCAGCGCCAAUAAAAAAUUCCAAAGCAGUCAAAAGGUUGAUAUAUUAUAUACCAGCGUCGAUAUUCCACACAACAUAAUCUCAAACAUUCACAAUCGAAGCAUUUUAUCUUGCAACAUACGCUUUAGCAAACGUUCGCGCCUCUCGUGAGACACACAAGCGAAGAAGCGUGCGACAGAGAUCGCUAAACACAAUCGACAGUGAAUAACAUAAAGUAGGACGCGUAUAAUUCAUCCGAGCCAUCCUGUAAUAUCUUUAUUAUCGUAUCGACGAUUAAUCAACUUCCUAUCGAUUAGUAGUCGAUGGAGAAACCUUUCUAGAAAUCUGCUAACAAUUUCUUGCAGUGGGCUACAUUUAAUUAUUCCGUUCGGACAAUGUCAACGUUGAUUAUCAUUGCUCGAGUCUCGAUACACGACCGUCGUUGGCACGAAAUAAAGCCGUUUCUUACAGCGAAACUGUUGGCAGGUACGAGACGAGAGACUGGUCGGUACGGUGACAAGCUAAAGUUUAUGGUAAACACGGUGAUGGGGGCAUGAGACCACGUGGAUAUGAAGUUGUGGAUGAAACGCAGGAGCGGAAUGCCUACACAGCGAUGGAGAAUCGAUACUCGGACCCAUUGGCAGAAAUGAGCAUACUUCUUAGAUAAUAAUCUCGAAUAAUAAAUAAAAGAAUUAGAAAAUAUACUUCAAUAUUAAUUGUGUAUAGUUCAAUAUCUUCACCAAGUUUGCUUCGUUAAGACUACGUUAAGAAAUUAGAAUUUUAACUGUCGGUUUACAAAUUUAAUUCAAAUAUUGCCCAUCUCUGCCUGGUGGUCAUGAAGCGCCAUUCACGAAUCGUCGAAACUCGUACAAGAAGUAUAUGUAACGACAGAAAAAUGAAAAAGAAGUGAAAAUCGAAUACACCAUUAGAGAAAUACAAUCUGAAAUCAGGCUCGCCUCUAUCAACUAAAGGAAGAACAGAAUUAAUCUAACCGAAGUCUAAGUUCCCUUUACCUUAAUAGAAAGAAGAAGCAUUUUCCUCUCAAUACAUUAAAUGGAUAAUCGUUAUUAUAGCAAAGAUUGGAAUGUAAAAUUGUCCUUAUUACGAAUUGCAAAAUUGAAUACUCCUAUAUAUCAGUAUUAUUAGUCGACUUAGCUGGGAAGUUCGAAAUAAAUGCAUCGAUAAGCUGCCCUCGCGUUGCACAAAUCAGGGGAAGAAUUUCAGUCUGAAUGUAUUCUUUUCAAAAGAAUCAGUCUCCAAACUUGUGUUUUGUAUUACGCAAUAAAAAUAAACUACGACGCAAAGUCUGAUGCUCUAUCAAAAUUUAUAGCAAAACCUCACUAAACACAGAUUCUUUUCGUUAGAACUCUAAGAUAUUCUCCUCAUCGGAAUGCAACAGAAUCUCACCCAGAAUUCGUAUAUAAAACGCUAUGGAAUUUCAAAAUUCUAUCUUUCUUCCUACCAUCCUCAAGGUCCAGAAGCCUUUCUUUUCGGUACCUCGUAAAAUAACUCUAAAAUCGGAUCACCCGUCGGAGAGCCGAUCGACGACUCUUAAAAAUCCCAUCGAACGUCUCACGCUGUGUAGGUAGAGCAUAGAAGACGCUGCGGGGACGUCGAGUCCUCUUCGUCCUGGACUCCGUUGGCCUCUCUUCAGGAGUCAACGUUUCUCCGGGCGUCGGUGCGUUGAAGGGUCCGCGUGCUGGCAGUGUGUCUCUUUAUCGUAGCGUGAUCUUUCAUAAUUUUUUUUUCCAUUUUACCUUUUUGCUCUAGAUAUAUGCAGUUAUACUCUUGCGUGUAUAUGUGUAUAUGUGUGUGGGUGUGUCUGUAUUGUAGGAAUGAACUUAUGCAGGUGUGUUGCGCCCUUUGGUCGCACAGAAUUAGCCUGGCUGCUAAUAUCCGGCAAGGUCGGCGAACGUUUGAUCCAUCUCAUCGGCGAUCGCUUUGUACUUACAGCGCUCGUUUACCACCACGUCUGCAACGCAAAAGGAAGGGAACUCGGUAUUAGUCGGACGGUGUUAAACGAUCAGUUAGUUGGGACAGAUCAACAAGUCGAAUUAGAAAGAGAGAGAGAGAGAGAGAGAGAGAGAGAGAGAGAGAGAGAGAGAGAGGUGUUAUUGUUUAGUUUGGUAGAGGGGUUAAUCUAAGCUAGGGUCGAUGGGACCGACGAACACGAGAUUCGGAAAGGACAGAAAUUCGUUGCAGGGUUAACAUUGGUGGUUCUUGAAUUACUUAAGCUCACAGGACAGUUUAGAAUAAGAUUCUUGGUUUUUCGAAGCACCUGACACCGUUUGGAGAGGAAAAGGACGCACUUCAUCAUCGGUACAUCGCCACAUUUUUACAUAGAUUCACGUAGAAAAAUAUAGUCGCCAUGUAUAUUUUUCAAGCUUUUUAUUGCACCAUGAUUGCUUCCUGUGUCGAAGCGUUUCCAGAGGAUUAAGGUAACGGCAUACAGUCGACAACUUCUGGGGCAUAAUCUUUAUUUGCCUGUGUUUGUCUGUGGUUACAUAGAUCGACGUUGCGUUUCGAUAUUCGAAGGUGAAUCGAAACUAAGUACUUACCGGUGUUUCUGUCACGGGGCGAGGAACAUAGUUACAAAUAAAUGAAAAAAAGAGGCGAAUAAUAAAUAGGUGAACCGUGACACGAUUAGGAUUCCAAGGGGACUCCGUCGAGUUAAUUUACAUCGAAAGAACAAAAAAAGGGAGCCCAUUCUGAUAAGCCAGAAUGGAGCGUAUCUCUUUGAUAAAUAAAAAAGAA